AUGGCUCCACGGCCCCUGAGGGGCCUGGUCCCAGCCCUACUCGGGAGCUUGAGCCUCUUCCUCAGUAUUCCAGGACCCGUCUGGCCCCAACCGUCUACGCCUCCCCAGGCUUCUCUCCCGCCUGAGCCCCAUCCCUGUCAUACCUGCCGGGGGCUGGUCGACAGUUUCAACAAGGGCCUGGAGAGGACCACCCGGGACAACUUUGGAGGUGGAAACACUGCAUGGGAGGAAGAGAAGUUGUCCAAAUACAAAGAUAGUGAGACCCGCCUGGUAGAGGUGCUGGAGGGCGUGUGCAGCAAGUCGGACUUCGAGUGUCACCGCCUGCUGGAGCUGAGUGAGGAGCUGGUAGAGACCUGGUGGUUUCACAAGCAGCAGGAAGCCCCAGACCUCUUCCAAUGGCUCUGCUCAGAUUCCCUGAAGCUCUGCUGCCCCUCAGGCACCUUUGGGCCCUCCUGUCUUCCUUGUCCUGGGGGUGCAGAGAAGCCCUGCAGUGGCUACGGGAAGUGUGAAGGGGAAGGGACCCGAGGGGGCAGCGGGCGCUGCGACUGCCAAGCCAGCUACGGGGGUGAGGCCUGCGGCCAGUGUGGGCUCGGCUACUUUGAGGCAGAGCGCAACUCCAGCCAUCUGGUAUGUUUGGCUUGUUUUGGCCCCUGUGCCCGCUGCUCGGGACCUGAGGAAUCAAACUGUUUGCAAUGCAGAAAGGGCUGGGCCCUGCAUCACCUCAAGUGUGUAGACAUCGAUGAGUGUGGCACAGAGCGAGCCAGCUGUGGAGCCAACCAGUUCUGCGUGAACACAGAGGGCUCCUAUGAGUGCCGAGACUGUGCCAAGGCCUGCCUGGGUUGCAUGGGGGCAGGCCCCGGCCGCUGUAAGAAGUGCAGCCCUGGCUACCAGCAGGUGGGCUCCAAGUGUCUCGAUGUGGACGAGUGCGAGACAGAGGUGUGCCCAGGAGCUAACGAGCAGUGCGAGAACACUGAGGGUGGUUACCGCUGCGUCUGUGCUGAGGGCUACAAACAGAUGGAGGGCAUCUGCGUGAAGGAGCAGAUCCCGGAGUCGGCAGGCUUCUUCUCGGAGAUGACAGAGGACGAGCUGGUGGUGCUGCAGCAGAUGUUUUUCGGUGUCAUCAUCUGUGCACUGGCCACGCUGGCUGCCAAGGGCGACUUGGUCUUCACUGCCAUCUUCAUCGGGGCUGUGGCUGCCAUGACUGGCUACUGGUUGUCCGAGCGCAGUGACCGAGUGCUGGAGGGCUUCAUCAAGGGCAGAUAAUCCCUGCUGCCACCUACAGUAUCUUUCCACGUGGGCUGCCCCCAAGGGUCAGGCCUCUCUCCUACCUGGACACUACAGGCCACUGGGUUUAUUUUUGAGAGUGGGGUUAGCACCCCCUGCCUGCCUUCUGGGGCAGCCCUAACACCCAGGCCUGAGCAGGUGAGGCCCCUGGGAUGAACAAGUAGCCUGAGGGUGGGUGCCGUGAGAUCUCGGCCUGCAGGGCUGGGCAGGCUUCACAUUGCGUGUGAAUUUUUUAAAAGAAGUUUCUCCUUAUUUAUGGUGGCUGCUAGUGAGCUUCGGCCCCUGCCCAGGAUGCAGGGUGGGGUCUAGGCAGGGGUGGGGUCAUUGCAGCCCCUCCUGCCUGCUGCAUGCUGCCAGCUCCUGUUCCUACUCACCCUCCCCUCAGCCACUGAUUUAUUUAUUCAUCUCAGGAAAUAAAGAAAGGUCUUGGAAA